CUCAUUUCGGCUUCUCUAUUAACUCACUUAUCAAUUGAACAAUCUCUCUCUGUUUCUCUCUGUUACAAGGUCUCCCCAGAAAGUUUGAGAAAUGGCUCCAAAGAGCAAGAUUCUGAUCAUCGGAGGAACUGGUUACAUCGGAAAACCUAUAGUGGAAGCCAGCGCAAAGUCUGGUCAUCCAACUUUUGCUCUUGUAAGAGAGACGACUCUUUCUAGCGCUGAUAAAGCUAGCAUCAUUGACAAUUUCAAGAGCUUGGGCGUCAACUUCUCGAUUGGAGAUAUAUAUGAUCAUGAGAGCUUAGUAAAGGCAAUAAAGCAAGUAGAUGUUGUGAUCUCUACAGUAGGUCAACCUCAGGUACCUGAUCAAGUCAAGAUCAUAGACGCCAUUAAAGAAGCUGGGAACAUUAAGAGAUUCCUUCCUUCAGAGUUCGGAAAUGAUGUGGAUAGAACAAAUGCAGUUGACCCAGCAAAAUCUGGAUUUGAUGACAAGGUUAAGAUUAGAAGAGCUAUUGAAGCUGCAGGAAUUCCUUAUACAUACGUAUCUUCCAACAUUUUCUCUGGCUAUAUACUUCCCAACCUGAAACAAUUUGAAGCCACUGCUCCUCCUGGAGAUGCAGUUGUAAUUUUGGGCGAUGGAAAUGUCAAAGCAAUUUUCAACAAUGAAAAUGACAUUGGCAUUUAUACAAUCAAAGCUGUGGAUGAUCCGAGAACCUUGAACAAGAUCCUUUAUAUUAGACCUUCGAAAAACAUCUACUGUUUCAAUGAUCUUGUGUCCUUGUGGGAGAAGAAGACUAACAGAACCUUUGAAAGGAUCUACAUUCCUGAAGAGCAACUUCUCAAGAAAAUUCAAGAAGCUGGAUUUCCAUUGAAUGUAAUAUAUUCAUUGGGUCACUCUCUGUUUGUAAGCGGAGAUCAAACCAACUUUGAGAUUGAACCAUCUGUUGGAGUAGAAGCUUCAGAACUUUACCCUGAGGUCAAUUACACUUCUGUGGAUGAGUACCUUAAUCUCUUUGUCAGUAGUGGCCAAGCCACUCCCCCACUUCCAUUUUUUUAAACAAAAAUAUUUCUUUAACAAACAAAAAUACUACAGUUGCCAUCAUGUAUUUGUACUCCCAACAUUUUGUAUUAUUGUUAUUUUUAUUUUAUUUUAUUUUAUACUUCUGGCUUUUGUUGGAUUUUAUGAAAAUAAAAUGUUGUAGUUGUUAAACUACUGAUUAUUGCA